UUUUUGCCCGCAUUCAAGCAUUCAUUCUCACUAGAAGAUCAGAAUUUAAUCUAGCAGGCGCAACACUGACUUAAUACUUGCACAACACCAAUAAUUAUGCCCAAAGCUUCAAUAUCCCUCGAUCAGCGCCAAGCGCUCCGGCACAAUCCUCUGGGUGAAGACUACUCUCCUUCUAGCCCACUGAAGCAAAAGAAAGAGAAGAAAAGAAAGCAACGGAGUGAUGUGGAUGAUGAGAGCUUUGUAGAUUCCAGGUCUUCCCGGAAGAUUCUACAGAUCGGACAAGAGCUCGUGGACGAAGAAUCGGCGGAGAGACAAACACAUACAAUUGAAGGCCCUAACCCCGCCUUCAAUCUCAACUCACGAGAUCCGGGCGCAGAGGGAGAAACAAACCCUUUGCAGUUCGACGAUGAUGAUGAUGAGGUAUGGGCAGAUGAAGAGGAAGAAGUUGUAAUACAAGACGAAAUAGAUCCCACCGACCUGGACGUGUUCAAUCGGUUCAACCCACAGAACGACGAUCCAUUGCUAGGAGGCGGACGAAGUGAGGGGCAAGAUGAGCAAGGCACAGAUCUGACAGCACUCAUAUUAGAGAAGAUUGCAGCUUUUGAGGCUGGGAACGACAGUCCUGCCCAGAAAAGAGAAAUCAUACCUCCGGACGCUGUUGAGAUUCCCGCGAAAGCUGUAGAAGCAUUCACUAAAGUAGGCAUGCUUCUAUCACGAUACAAGUCCGGCAAGCUCCCGAAGAUAUUCAAAGUCUUGCCUACGCUUGCAGACUGGCAGACCUAUGUCUCGAUAACGAGGCCUGAUGAAUGGACACCUAAUGCCAUGCUCGCCGCCACUAAGCUGUUCGUGAGCCAGAAGCCAGAAGUUGUUCAAGAAUUUCUCAACUGGAUUCUCCUUCCCCGCGUGCGUCAGGACAUCUAUGAAAACGCCAAGGCAAACGUACACCUCUACGAUGCUGUGAAGAGAUCGAUGUACAAACCUUCUGCAUUUUUCAAGGGGAUACUCUUCCCAAUGCUAACGAGCGCUCCUACUCAGAAAGAAGCACGAACAAUGGCUUCGAUUAUGUCGAGAGUGAAGAUUCCGGUCCUUCACUCGGCGGCUGCUUUGAAUCGAUUAUGCGACAUCGCCGCCGACCAGAUGGCCGUCGACCUCGACUCCGCCGGGCCUACAAACAUCUGUAUUAAAGCGCUACUCGAGAAGAAAUAUGCUCUUCCAUGGGCUGUUGUUGACGCACUGGUAUUCCACUUCCUUCGCUUCAAGGCUGCAGACCCAACCACUGGCGACGGAGUGGAAGAAAUGACUGGGGUGAGAGGACCUAACGGUCGGAAAGUCAUGCCUCAAGGAAAACUCCCCGUAAUAUGGCAUCAGUGUUUACUUGCGUUCUCCGAGCGAUUCAAGAAUGAUAUAACGGAAGAUCAGAGGGAGGCGCUGUUGGACCUGCUUCUGGCUAAAGGGCAUUCCGCUAUUGGUCCUGAAAUCAGACGAGAAUUGCUUGCUGGGAGGGGUAGAGGUGUUAUUGCUGAGCCACAAAUGGGCAAUGGAGGCGACGACACAAUGCUCAUUGACUAAUGCCUCUGUGUGGGGGAAAAGACGUACGGCGCCCUCUGGGGAAAUAUUCUAAGAUACCAUUACAAGCUGUCAAUAGGACUAGUUGCUACACGAAUGCUCCAGGGUUCCAAAGGUUCUUGAGUACCCACGGGCAAUUGCAUGAUGUCUACGUGUGGAGGAUCUGAUCUGACUUAUCAAGUGCA